CGUAAAUGUUAGCAGUUUUUUUAGCCGGUUAGGCGGUAUAGUAGAUAGGUUAUAUACACGCAAAUAAAACCACAAGGAAAUUCAUUGUAAACAAAACACGGCAGAUAUUUUGGCGCGCUGGAGAAUCGCGAUCAAAUGCUAGUCCGUCACUUCCGGAACUAAACACUUACAGGAAAUACUGGACUGUUAGGACGUCGGACUGUUUCCGGUGUGGGACCAACGACUUAUGGAACAGUGAACUGCAACGUUGCAAUAUUUCUUUGAGGAAAAAUGACGUUGUUUCAUUUUGGGAACUGUUUUGCUUUGGCAUAUUUCCCAUAUUUCAUUACCUACAAGUGCAGUGGACUAUCAGAGUACAAUGCUUUUUGGAGAUGUGUUCAGGCUGGUGCUACUUAUCUUUUUGUGCAGCUCUGUAAGAUGCUGUUCCUUGCCACAUUUUUCCCCACCUGGGAAGGUGGUGCUGGUGUGUAUGACUUUGUUGGGGAAUUCAUGAAGGCUACUGUGGAUUUGGCUGACCUUCUGGGAAUUCACUUGGUCAUGUCCAGGAAUGCUGGCAAGGGAGAGUACAAAAUAAUGGUGGCAGCCAUGGGCUGGGCCACUGCAGAGCUAGUCAUGUCCCGGUGUAUACCUUUGUGGGUGGGGGCUCGGGGAAUUGAAUUUGAUUGGAAGUACAUUCAGAUGAGCUUUGAUUCCAACAUCAGCCUGGUGCACUAUAUUGCCAUGGCAGCAGUGGUGUGGAUGUUUACAAGAUACGACCUGCCAAAAAGCUUUCGCCUGCCUGUGACUGUCCUGUUGGGAUUGUGUGUUUAUAAGGCCUUCUUGAUGGAGUUGUUUGUGCAUGUCUUCAUGCUGGGAAGCUGGACGGCGCUGUUGCUGAAGGCUGUGCUCACUGGAGGCAUCUCCCUCUGCUCGCUCUUCCUCUUCAUCAGUCUUGUACAUAGUAACUAAGAAGGCCUCUUUUUGGAUCAUUUAACUUUAUCCUGAAUUCUGAAACACUCUUUUUGGUUAAAUUAUUUUCUAGUGUUUUAUAGUGGCGUGGUCCUUUUAGAACAUUGUGUUGCUUCCAUCUGAUUUAAAAAAUGGAAAUAAACUCCUUCAAAACAAAAUAUACUUUAAAUGUCAACUGCUUAUGUAAAGAAAGUCUCACUGUUCUUAUCUCCUACUGAAUUCACAAUGGUGUAACUAUGUUUUAGAGAGCUUCAGUCUGGAUGAAAAGUGCUUGAGUAAGAGCCACGAAUGUGCACAUAUUGUCUACUGUGGUGAUGAAAUUUAACAGAAAUUCUUCAUUAGUAGUAUGAGCUCUUUUUUUUUUUAGAGAGAACAGAAUUGUGAGAACUGAACUUUAGUAUCCUGCUGACCUUUACAUUAACUGUAUAACUAUCUUUAUACUCAGUUGUAGUUACACUCUAGUUAUUCACCAAAAUCAUGUGUAGCAGGUAAUAAUGUAAUAUUUUUUUCAAUUCUUAAUGUAAUACAAGUUUUUAAUUUAAUAAUCGGCCAGUAACAUAACUUUUUGCAGAUAAUGUAAUAAGUUACAUUAUUAUGUUAUUGGUUCAGAAAAUGUAAGAUAUUAUUGGCCAGUUGUUAUAUUAUUAACUUAUAUUACAUUGCAAAUGGAGACAUUUAUCAUGUUAUUGCUGUUAGUACAUUAUUGGUAGCUGUUACUUUACUGGCUGCUACAUAGUGUCCAAACUAUAUUUAGUCACCCUAAGAAUCUAUGGGCAUAUGUUAAGCUGAUUAAAGAUAUUGACAACAGUGUACUAUCUAAAAGUUAUACAAAUUUCAGUAUAACAGGUAAAUAUGUUGGCUUUUUAUUACCGGAACAAAUGCCUUUCAGUACAGAAUCUAUAUUUCAUCACAUUUUUUCCACAUUUUUUUUACACACACACACCAAUGAGUCAAAACAUUAUGACCACCCCCUUGUGAAGUGAAUCAUGUUAACUAGCUUAUAAAAAUGUGUCAGGGUCUGCAAUAUGUUAGAUGAUAAGCUAACAUACAGUACUUGUCAAUAUGUUGAAUAUAGAAGAAAUUAACUGGGAUAAAGUUUUGAGUGACUUUGACAAGGGCUAAAUCAUUAUGGCCGGAUGACUGAGUCAGAACAUCUCUGAAACAGCAAGGCUUGUGGGGUACUUACAGAGAGUAGUCUGAUGAGGGGAAAGCCACAAACCGCUGAUGGGGUGUUGGGCAGCCAAGACUUAUCGAUCCAAGAUGUGGACAAAAGCUAUCCCCCGUCUGGUACAAAUUAACAGAACAGUUACUGUGGCACAAUGCCAGGUAAUUUUGAUGAUGGUCACAAGAGUACUGUGUCACACAUCACACAGGGCUGCUGUGUAUGGUAUGCAUAUUUAAUAAAAGAUAUAUGGGAUUGUUUCAACAAAAGUUGUUACCAGCACAUACCACUGACGUAGAAGUUAUGUGCUGCACGAGAAACAAUAAACAAUAAACUUAUUGAAUGCACGUACAUAGUAAAGCUAUUAUGACUCGACCCAAUGAAGUAGUUUAAUAUAGCAAAAACUACCAUCAGUGAUGUUUAUAUUAAAAUCACUUUUCAAGUGUAAUUAUCUGGUUGUGUGACAAGCUGUUUUACAGGUGCAGAGAAACGAUUAAAAAAAAAAAAAAUUUU